AUGGCGCUGUUGCCUGAACUAGAUGUUAGAACGGUAUUAAAUGUGGUGGAAGAAAAUUUUCAGCGGGUUAGAUUGAAAGCUUAUGCUAUUCGUAUGAUUUACAUCGGGGAACAUGUACUGCCAAAGGAGGAGUUGAUUAACCAUUUUCAAGCGACUAUAUACGAUGUGAAUUCUAGUUAUUGCGAAACAAACGUGUUUGGUUUACUUUUAGUAUAUGACAGCUAUUUUGUACAUGUUGUCGAGGGUUCAGAAGACACUGUCCAUAGACAUUUAAGAUUUCUUUUUGAUCGUGAAAAUAAAUGGAUAGAAGAAAAACUUGAAGAAGAUAAAGCAAUGGCAGAGGAAGAAGAUUUAACAGUAAUAUUGGGAGAGGAAGCUGUUGCUAAGCCUGAGACAAGAAUGUUCAAGCGCUUGAAAAUGCUCAUACUCUACCAUUCCAUUCAAACAUUGAUCUUUGAUAACUGGCGAGCGCUAACUGCGAGGCCUCCGUCCCUCAUUGGAAAGCUUGAUGUUCACGGAUCUAUGGCAGAACAUAUGGAGCAGUUACGGAUAUGUCUUGAUAAAAUUAAAAGGGUUUGUGAACUUACGAAAGCUGACCAAAAUGUAAAAAGUGUAUGGCCGCUGCCAAAUCAUUUCACACCACGGUUACUAUACAAAUUGAAGGUUGAUGAUUCGUUUGUUGAACCUUUGCCUGUCAUGCCGUGGGAACUCGUGAAAAAAGAGGUAGAAGAAGAAGAAAAAGAAGAACGACAAAGUAUGAGUUCCUCUAGUGAU